AUGCUUCUUCCCAACCGGUCGUUCUUAUAUUUCCUUCUUGUGUGUUACAUCAAUGCCUCUAUCCAACAUGGUCCCAACAAUCCGAUCGACGUGUUCUCGGACAAACUGAGGGAUGCUUUGAGUGAAAAGGGAAUUGUGAUGAAGGAAUUUAAAUUUAACGACACCAGUACUGUACGGCAGAUCUGCGAAGAUUUCAAUGCAGAAGUCGGCAAGAUAAAGGAUAAGGACUUGGUGAUCUUCGUCAAAUUAUAUAAUUUUAGGUAAGCCCACAUCAAAUGCGAAAUAAAUUUUAGCGCUCCAUGUUGGGUCAUGACCAGUCAACGGAAAGAACAUGUUACUGCCCAGUUUUACAGCGAUGAAGGCACAGUAGACCAGUCAAAUGUGUUCGUCGAAGCACUAUCAACUCAUUUAAUUCUUCCGUUUGAAAUGGCAAAUUAUGAUGUAAGUGAUUUUAACCUAAAAUUGAAUAUUCAAAAGAAAUGAGCUUACCAAUGCUCAGCCAUGGUUCUAAAACAAGCCCUAUUCAUCUCGUUUCAUUUUCAGAUCAUGAACACCACCGAAAAUGCUGUUACUAUAAUUCAAACUGCCAUUCAAGGAUUUUCAGACCCCGAAUUCUUAGAAACAUUUGUAUUGCCCAGUUAUGAAGUCCCCAUUCCAUAUCAAGUCAUGCGCAAGGAUGUUCCAAGAUCGUUCGAUUACAAGUUCUGGAUCACCUUUGUUUUAAUGAUUGUCUUGUUCGGAAGUCUCUUGAUCACACAGACCCUUUAUCAGAGGUUCGAACUCGGCCCUUCAAGUACAAGUGACGAAAAUCUGGUGACUGGAAUAGAUGACGAAGAAGUGGAUGUCGAUUUCCCGCAAGAAUUUGCAUCAGAAACUGAUUUCGCCAGAUUGAAUCCAAGUGGUACUGCAACAACCUAA